AUGGGUGAUCACGACAAUCAGGAUGACAUCACUGCUGCACUGGCAAUCAUUCAACAACAAAUGCAGACUCAGCAACAACAGAUGUUGCAGAUCCAGCAGACCAUCCAGAAUCAGCAACAAGCUGCUCAAGAAGUAGCUGAGAACGCCACUCUGGUACAGAAGAGCACGUUCAGCGGUCUCACUACUGACAUCCCGAUGGACAACAUCGAAGCCUUUGAGAGAAUAUGCAAUUUCUCUCGCUCUAACGGAGUGCCACCAGACUAUGUCAAAUGCACGCUGUUCCCAUUCUCUCUUGAAGGGAAAGCUUCUCGCUGGCUCCAAUCUCUGCCAACCGGCUCUCUUACCUCAUGGUACCAGGUCCGAUCAGCGUUCUUGAGCCACUUCUACACGAAGUCUAAAACCGCGGCUCUACGGCACAUGAUCUCCAAUUUCAAGCAGAAGUCUGAUGAACCUUUUCAUGAAGCUUGGGAGAGGUACAAGGAGUACCAGAGAGAGUGCCCGCACCAUGGGUUUGACGAUGACUAUAUAUUGGAGGUGUUCUAUGAUGGAGUGAGCUAUGAGUUUCGAAACACCCUUGAUUCUUCGAGUAAUAGAUAUUUCAUGACUCAAACCACACCUGAUGAUCUCACUGCAAAGGUGGACCAACUGCUUAAGGGAAACCAAAGCCAAGUGUUCAUAAUGGAAGAAGCAGCUCUUGAGAAGAGUGCCGGUGACCUGGCGUUUGAUGCUGAAAUAUCAGGAGACGAUCAACAAGAGAUUAACCAAGGUCAGUAUGCCGGGUAUCAAAACAACUACCAACCCCGGAUAUAUGUUAUAAGCCAACUGCAAAACAAUCCACCUCAGAUGCAGAAACACCAGAAUACUCAGCCAGCUACCUCCGCUCCUGUCGCUGUUCCGCAAGAUGAGGUAAAAGCUAUGUUGCAGCAGCUGCUCCAAGGACAACAACUCCAAGGGAAGGCUCUAAACCAUGUUACUACCGAGAUCAAUACCAUAAUGAACCAUAUGUUCAACGAAUUGAGCACCAAGUACGAUAAUAUCGCGAGCCAUAUGAGACAGAUGGACAUUCAGAUUGCUCAGACUGCUGAGAGCGUCAAGAGGCAACAAAGUACUCUACCUGGGAAAACUGACAAAACCCCUAAGGAGUGCAAUGCGGUUGAGUUGAGAAGUGGAAAGCAACUGUCGGAACCGGUAAAUAAGAGGUUCACUGCGGCUGAGAAUGGGAAGCAGAAAGAGUCGGAACAACCACCAGCCGAUACCCCGACAGCUGAGAAGGAGAGGGAACCAACAGUUGGAACCAAUUCGCCAGGACCAGAACAACCAGCUGAGGCUGUCCGCCCGAUCCCAGAGCCUGUCCCUGCUCGCGAAUACACUCCUAAUGUCCCUUACCCUAUUCCAGCAAAGGCUACUCGUAAGGACCGAGAGGAGAUGAAGUGCAAAAAGAUGCUGGAGGACCUAACCGUCCGACUCCCCUUGAUGGAUGCGAUCCAGAUGAUGUCCUCCAUGCGCAGCUUUAUGAAGGGAUUGAGCUCAGGAAAAAUAUCAGAGGAGAGCGAAUUCAUGACUGUCUCUAAGGAGUGCAUCGCAGUGCUUCAGAACAGGCAGAUAAAGAAGCGAGGAGACCCAGGCAAAUUCGUCCUCUCUAUCCAGAUUGGGAAGACAGUUUUCUCAUGCUCCUUGGUUGAUCUGGGAUCCAGCGUAAACCUCAUGCCCUACUCUGUAGCACGACGUUUGGGAUGUCAUUGGUGUUCGCGGAUAGAUCAGUUAAGUCCCCGGUUGGUAUUCUAG